UAAAUAUGUAAAAUGAUUGAGAAAUUGGCCUCUCUAUUUUACCAUCAUAAGUAUAUAGAGGGAGUAGGGACGGGAGCCCUUUCAUUGUCUAAAGGUUAUACUAAUCCUUCCUAUCAGAAAGGGUAGGGAGGGGCUGUCCAUGUGCAGGUGGUCGCACUUUUCUUUCUACUUUCAAUGCCAUGCCAUCAUCGAGACAAGACGAGACGAUCGACUCGACAUCAAGCAGAUCACGCAAAGUCACGACCGUCAGUAGUAGAGUCACGUAGUAUCCCGACCGAAUCGAGAGAUUCUCGUCGUGGUCUAGUUAAGUAGUUUUUCAUCCAUCGUGAGCAUUCCACCACGCCGUGGUUGGUGGUGGCGACGAUGAUAAUAAUGAUAUACGUGGCAUGGCAUGGGACGGCAAGCAAGGCCUACUACGACCUUCACCGCUGUGCCGUGACAGUCGUGUAAAACUACCGACCGGCGCGCAAUCCUCUUCUUAUUUUGGCGUCCGUCCGUCCGUCGUCGUUCGGAAAUCGGAAAAGUGCCCCGCUGCUGUUUUGUCGCGCUCCGUUCGCGUAAUGAUAGCCGUCGUCAUCGUGUUGAAUGAGGAGCACCGCCAGGGGAAGGGAUAAGGGGUUGCCUAACUCUAUUGAUUUUUAGGGUGACACUGUCAACCAACUAUUGCCGCCGAGCCGAAAAAAAUGUACGUACACACGGGAGUGCUCGAAAAAUUUGGUUCGAUGGCGGGUCCUUCGAACGUCGUUCCUCGCGAUUAGGGUGUUUUUGAAUGGUGACAAUUAUUAAGAGUGUGUUUGUUUGUUUGUUCGAAUUCGAUGAGAACGGUGGUGGAAUGUGCGUCUCCUCGGAUACCUUGUUUACUGUCGCCGCUAAGCGGCCUCGUGUGCCGUGAGUAUGGCAGCGCUCUUUUCGCAGCAUCACUUUUGCAGACGGCCCAAGAAGAAACUACUUAGUUGACGCCAUUGCCAUUAUUGCUCCCUUACUAGAUUCAGUCUACGGCCGCCGAGGCGAUCAAGGCCUGAGCCGUCCUCCAACGUUAGCGCCGCCCCCCUUCAGCACGCUGCCCGCAGUCACCCUGGAGGACCCCGCCGCCAGCUGGAAGGGACCGCCGCCCGGCUCGGAGCCGCCACCCUUCGGCCAGGGCGGGCCGGGCGGCGGCGGCGGUCCGCCCCCCAACUUCCAGGGCCCGUCGCCGUUCCAGCAGGGCCCGCCGGCGGGGGCUGGCUCGCCGGCCGCCCCGCCCUACCAGGGCGGUCCGCCCCCAGGCUCCACCACGCCCCAGUACACAGCCUCGCCUGCCCCCUCGGGCUCCUCCACGCCGGGGCCCAAUCCCAACUUUCCGCCGCCGCCCAACAGCCAGGGACCGCCCUACGCCUCCAAGAAUGAUGUGUACAACGGUCCCGGCGGUCCGGGAGGUGGCCCGUUCGGAUCGCCCAGUGCGGGCGGGCCUUUCGGGCGGCCCGGCUCAUCUGGCCCCGGCCCCGGUCCCUUCGUGGGCGGCAACCACUUCCAGCACUUUGGCCCGCCCGGACCUGGCGGGCCCCCCUUCGGCAUGCCGCCCGGCUCGCCCUUCGGCCCUGGGCCAGGCCAUCCAAUGUCCGGGGGGCCCAUGGAGCCUGGACCGCCCCCGCACGGCAUGAUGGGCCGACAAAUGGGCGGGCCCAUUCCCGUCGAUCAAGGAUCUCUUCCCGUACCAAGGCGGCAUACGCCUUACUUUGGCCAACCCGACUAUCGAAUAUAUGAACUCAACAAAAGGCUACAGCAAAGAACUGAGGAGAGUGAUAAUUUAUGGUGGGACGCCUUCGCAACGGAGUUUUUCGAGGACGAUGCCUCCCUAACGUUGGCAUUUUGUUUAGAAGACGGCCCUAAAAGAUACACAAUCGGAAGGACGUUAAUCCCGAGGUAUUUUAGGAGUAUAUUCGAAGGUGGAGUGACGGAACUGUACUAUAAUAUGAAGCAUCCGAAAGAGUCCUUCCACAACACUAGUAUUACUCUGGACUGUGAUCAGUGCACUAUGAUUACACAUCAUGGUAAACCGCUCUUUACCAAGGUGUGUACAGAGGGCCGCUUAAUUCUAGAAUUCACUUUCGACGACCUGAUGAGGAUAAAGUCGUGGCACUUUGCCGUCAGGACGCACCGCGAGCUGAUUCCCAGGACGGUGGUCGGGAUGCAUUCCCAGCAGGACCCCGGCAUGUUGGACCAGCUAUCCAAGAACAUCACCCGCCAGGGCAUCACCAAUUCCACGCUCAACUACUUGAGGCUAUGUGUGAUAUUAGAACCGAUGCAGGAGCUGAUGUCUAGGCACAAGGCGUACGCGCUCAGUCCGAGGGACUGCCUGAAAACCACUUUAUUUCAGAAAUGGCAGCGGAUGGUUGCGCCGCCGGGUAAGAGAGAGUCCCAGAGGCCGGCCAACAAGAGGCGGAAACGGAAAGGGAGCAAUUCCGGGGGAGCAGCCAAUAAUGCCACCCCUGCACCCAACAAGAAAAGAUCUCCGGGGCCCAACUUCUCCCUAGCUUCGCAGGACGUGAUGGUGGUGGGCGAACCCAGCCUGAUGGGCGGCGAAUUCGGCGACGAGGACGAGCGGCUGAUCACGCGCCUGGAGAACACCCAGUACGACGCCGCCAACUCGUUGGACCACGACGGGGGCGGCUUCCACGGCUCGGGCGGCGGGGCGGCCGACUCGCCCAUGCCCGGCUCGAACUCUUGGGGGGCGGCGGCGGCGCAAGCGGCGGGGGGCGGGCCGGGCGACCGGGGCGGACCUCUCGGGGGCGGCGGCGGCGGCCCGCCCCCGCAGGACAACGACAAAAAGUCGCCCGCUGUGAGCCAGUGAUGGUCGGGGGUUGGCUGUGCGGGGCGGGCUAGGAAGUGAGAUGGACAGGGUGUCGCUCGAUGACGUGGGGAUAUUCGAACGGCGGUGAUUGUGUAUGGGAAAUUGAUGAUGGUUUGGUUUUCAAACUGUCUUUUGUUUGGAGAAUACAGGCUGUUGAAGUUUGAGGAACAUUUUUAUUUAUAUGUGAAGUAUAUGAAAAAUCCUUAUACUGGGUGGUCUAGAUCUUUGUCU